AUGAGAACUGUACUGUUCACAAUAGCAUUAAUAUUACUACUUAAUGCACAUAAUACAAAUGCUGAGCAGUAUUACGAUCCAGGAUAUAUGAGUAUUAUCCUUACAAAGAAAAAAUCUGCCUAUAGCCAAGCUUUAGGAGAUUUCAUUAAGGUAAACAAAGUUUACAUAGAUAAAAAAUAUUCUAUAUUAAAAAAACGUCAAUCUCCAUUUUCGACUAUAACUUUAACUGAUGAAGAAAUUUCGAAAAAUGAUGUGGGUUAUUUUGGUCCUAUAACAAUUGGUAAUCAAAAUUUUACAGUAACUUAUGAUACUGGUUCUUUGGAUCUUUGGGUUCCAGAUAUUUCAUGUAACAUCUUUGCAUGUGGGAAUCAUAAUCGAUUUGAUCCUUCAAAGUCUUCUACAUUUCAAUCAUCUAAGAAUAAUUUCACUUUAUCUUAUGGCCUUACUGUUAACCAAUCUGUUACUGGUUAUGAAGGUCAAGAUACAGUCAUAUUUGGCGGAAUCUCUAUCACACAACAAAAUUUUGGAUUAGCGACAAAUGAACCUUUUGCAGAUCUAGAAGAAGACGGAAUUCUUGGUCUUGGGCCUCUGAAUGUAGCUGGAUUUAAAACGAAUGGUAUUAUGCAAUCGAUAAAAGAACAAAAAAAAUUAUCCAAAAAUAUGAUUGGAUUUCAUUUGGGAAGAGAAAAAAAUAAUUCAAAAGAUAUAAGCUUUAUGACACUUGGUGGUGUUAACCAAGACGCUAUUAUAGGAUCAAUUGGAUAUAAUAAUGCAAACAUUUCAUUAGGGGUUUGGAUAAUCUCAUUAAAUGAUAUUAAGGUUGAUGGAAAUUCGGUUGGCACCUUUUCACCAGCUCCAGCUGUUAUUGAUACUGUUAAUGAAAUUCAUUCUCAAAUUCCUGGUGCUAUUCUUUAUCCACUAGAGCAAGGACAAGUAAUAGAACAAAUUUGGGCUAUUCCAUGCAAUACAAAAUCUGUAGUUUCAUUUACAUUUGAUAACGGUUCAUAUUCAAUUGACCCUGCUGAACUUAUUCUGAAUACUAAUGAAUCAAUGUGUGUUUCAGGUAUUCAAUCAAAUCCUGAAAAUUUUUGGUUAGUUGGUGAUUUGGAUUUGCUCAGACAAGAAUAA